AUCUGACGUCACGCAACACGGAAGUCUUACGAAUGACAGACUUUGAACCUUCAGUAAAGAGAGCCCGAAUUAAAACCUCAACGUCUCCAUCAAAAACACUUCUCCAAGACUUAACGUUAUGCAAUCCCAACGACACUAAUGGGACAUUAGAUCAAGAAAAGGACAGCAAAAAGAUGAAUUCGAAGACAAAGGCUGGCGUGGAUGGUUUGCGAGGUGUCAAGACCAAAAGUUCUCAUCGCAGGAUCGGCGCCAGACAGCAACUGUCCAGAAACACUCUAGAAAGAUGGUUAUUGCACCCCACUCAGAAUCCAAGCACUGCUGAAGCGAUGGUUGAAGAAGGCUGCCAAGGUUGCUCUCAAGAUAGCCCGGACGCUGUCUCGGACUCUGAUGAAGACACGCAACCUCUAUCGCCUCAAGAUCUCGAUUUUGGCGGCCGUGUCUCUUCCCUGUCGACGGAUUCAGAAAGUCAACACACGCUUCAUACUAGCAGUUCCGAGGAACAGGAAGUAGCGUCAGGCUCCACAAGCUCAUUAUGCUUUCUCAAAGCCAAAAUAACAGACUUCUUUUCAGGGGCUUCGUCCGCAGCCCCGAGAGAAGAAAAGCAUGAUAAACGCUGUGCGAAUCAAGACGCAGAUGAGGAAGAUGAACCUGACGUUACCUGGCUCGGAACGCCAAUUUGCGAGCUACGGCGGAUGCCCCAAUGCGGCCGACCUUUUGCGCCGCUGAAGAACAUUCCUGACGUCCACACUGUGAUGAUAAGGACAGACCUUGUUCGUCACGCAAUUGUUCCAUAUCCUGCCACGUUUGCCGAUACCUGGGAUGAUGUCCAUGUCAAAAUGCCCUGUUCGAGCAGGAAUCUCUUUCCUGUGCCAGAUGAGGAAACACAACAACUUCAGAACAAGAGUCGGUGGGAGCUGAUUAAGCAGACUUUGACGAGAAGAAUAAGCAGUACUCAAGAAUUGCAGAAUGCAAUAUUGAAAUACUGUGCUUCUACUGCCAAGAAGUGGGACUUCACCGCAUUACAUUUGUACUGCACAAAGGUCCUGGAACCUGCCGCCGCUGAACAUCUGUUUGGUUCCCUGCUGCCAAAGCUGGUGCAAUUAGCGCUGAAGGCGUCGGAGCUGUGCACCAAGCCCAUACCUCUCCUCAAGAGGGGCAGCAGCCACUCCAUCAGCAUGUCGCAGGAGCAGGUGGCCUGCUUGCUCGCCAAUGCCUUCUUCUGCACCUUCCCGCGGCGCAGCUCUCGACGCAGCGAGUACCGCAACUACCCGGACAUCAACUUCUUCCGGCUGUUUGAAGGGUCUUCAUCCAGGAAGAUUGAGAAGUUAAAAACUCUAAUGUGCUACUUCAAAAGUGUCACUGAGCAAAAGCCUACCGGUUUGGUCACCUUUACACGGAAAAGCCUGGAUAAUCUUCCAGAUUGGGAAUGCUGCGAGACUCGGCUCACAAAACUCUACAUUGCAUCUAAAGGGACCAUUGAGGAUGAUGGUUACGGAAUGCUUCAGGUGGAUUUUGCCAAUCAAUUCGUGGGAGGAGGAGUCACCAGUUCGGGUCUCGUUCAAGAGGAGAUCCGUUUCCUUAUUAACCCCGAGCUCAUCGUGUCUCGCCUCUUCACCGAAGCUCUGGAUCAUGACGAGUGUCUGAUUAUCACAGGAACACAGCAGUACAGCAAAUACACGGGCUACGCACAGACGUACAAAUUUGGCGGCAGCCAUCAAGACACCACCCCGAGAGACGACUGGCAAAGAAGAUGCACAGAGAUCGUAGCGAUCGACGCCAUGCCGUUCAAGAACUACCUGGAACAAUUUCAUCCAGAGAGAUUAGAACGGGAGCUCAAUAAGGCCUACUGUGGCUUUGACCGCUCCGGCGAACACCGCGACAACCUUUCGGCGGUGGCCACGGGAAACUGGGGCUGCGGGGUUUUUGGAGGCGACACGCGUCUGAAAGCGCUGCUCCAGAUGCUGGCAGCUGCCGAGGCGGGACGCGACGUGGCUUAUUUCACCUUCGGAGACAGCCAGCUCAUGACAGAUGUCCACGCCAUGCACUCGUUCCUCACGCGGAGGCGCGUCACUGUCGGGGAGCUCUACGAUCUGUUGGUCCAGUACCACGGCGACGUGUGCGAGGGCUGCAGCGGUCGGCGCCCUGACGUCAGCCUCUACUCUUUCAUCUACAGACAGCUCGGCUCCUCCCCGCCUACGCAGUGACUCCCGCCAGACGCUACGUCCCUGCGGAUGACGCUUGCUGUCAGGUGACCUGUGAGUCACUGUCCCUUUGGAAUUAGAAAAUACAGUCGGAAGCCUUCUCGCUUGGCCUUAAGGACACGUUCGGUUCGUACUGGUAGUUCACACCAGUCCAAAACUAAACCGCAGGAGGUGGUUAGUGUGAAGGAAGUGGACAGUGUUUAUUUUGCUGCUAAUGUGCAAGGACAACAAGUAUGAGUUUGGAAGCAGAGGUUGCCCUCCCUCAUUUAGCCUAUUUCUUUUUUUUUUUUAACACCCACACAUUUCCAGUCUAAUUGAAUUGGCUGUCAGAAAUCGGGUUAGACACUAACUAGAUUGGACAUUGUGAAGCUUGGGAGUCAUGAACUUGGAAAGCAAGCAAAAUGUUCACGUAUUUACAAAUACAAAGUGAGGAACAACAGUAUAUCCAUAUUUCUUCCAAUUGAUGAAUAAAUGACAGCUCGUCCUCUACUGUU